UUUUUUUUGAAAAAUGAAUGGUAUUCUAUUAAACCCUGAUUAAUUGUGAUUAUGGGGUUUCUUACUCUUUUGUUUUAUUUCUACUUUUCGUGUUUCAUGCUCUUGAUUUUUUUAUUUCCUUUCAUUUCCCAAUGCAAUAGACUCAAACAACAGUGAAACGGGGCUGCUCCAACAAUGUCGGACCAUUCCGAUGAACAACACUCCUUCAGAACAAUUACCACUGCUUUCAUUCCGUUCAUUGGAGACGAUGAUUCUGAUGAUUCGGGUUCUGACUUCGUCUUCAGCAUCGAACCUACUUUGCUCAUUGACCCUCAUUGUUUGAAGAUUGGUGAAGUUAUUGGGGAAGGUUCAUGCUCCAUUGUCUAUGAAGGAUUGUAUGAUUAUCAGCCUGUCGCCGUGAAGAUUAUACAGCCAAUUAGAGCAUCAGCUAUAAGUCCUGAAAAGAAGGAGAGAUUUCAGAGGGAGGUUACGUUGCUAGCUAGACUGAAUCAUGAGAACAUUAUUAAGUUCAUUGGUGCUUCCAUAGAGCCAACAUUGAUGAUAAUCACUGAGCUUAUGAGAGGUGGAACACUCCAGAAGUACUUAUGGAGCAUCCGGCCAGAGACCCCAGAUUCGAAGUUUUCCUUAAGUCUUGCUCUAGAUCUAUCACGAGUAAUGACAUACCUGCAUUCAAAUGGCAUCAUUUAUCGCGAUUUAAAGCCAAGCAAUCUACUGCUGACAGAAGACAAGCAACGGAUUAAACUGGCAAACUUUGGGUUGGCUAGAGAGGAAAUAUCUGGUGAAAUGACUACUGAGGCUGGUACUUACCGUUGGAUGGCCCCUGAGUUAUUUAGCAUAGAUCCAUUGCCUGUUGGAUGUAAGAAAUGCUACGAUCAUAAGGCAGAUGUCUACAGCUUCUCAAUAAUUCUUUGGGAAUUGCUGACCAACAAGACUCCAUUCAAAGGCAGAAAUGACAUAAUGGUUGCAUAUGCCGUAGCCAAGAACAUAAGACCAUGUCUUGAAGAAAUCCCAGAAGAUAUGGCUCCUCUAUUGCAGUCAUGUUGGGCUGAGGAUCCCAAUAGCCGUCCAGAAUUUACAGAAGUCACAGAUUAUCUUAGUAAUCUUCUUCAAUCAUUUGUCUUAAAAGAAUCUUCACUUCCUAACAUGGAUGACAAAACAGAGGAGAAGGAGGAGGAGGAGAAGGUCAAGUGUAGAUCAAACACAUCGUUUUCUCAGAGAAAGAGAGAGCCAAAGGCUGGAAGAUAUAGAAACUCUUCAUUCUGCUUCAAAUGUUGCCACAACUCCUGCUUGUCUGAUUAACUGACAUAUUUGGCAAAUAGAUGUAAAUGGUUGGCUAGGUUUCAUGAUGUCUUUUGUAACUACAGGUUCAUAGGAAGUGGGUUGUUACACAGAUUCAGUUUUGUAAGACACACUGUAGAUAAAGGAUAGACAAACGAAGAACAGGGAGAAAGAUAAUAUAGCAGCUUUUGAUCAACAUGAGGCUUUUUUUUGCUUUCUUUUGAAA